GAGGACGGAAAGCGCGCCAAGCGGCGAAGGCAAGGAUCCCAAGCGAAAAGGCGGUUGGAAGUCUGUUUGUUAGUACAGAAUAUUCCGCUAUCCGAUUCGCAUCCCAGCGUGACAUCAAAAGAACGCUACGCUGGACGGUUCAAAAUAAAGGCCGAGCCGUGAACAAGGGCGCUGAAAGGAUCCCGUUGAGCGUGACGGGAACGGGGUAUGCAUCCCUUCGCUUCGCUCCUCCGAAACCGCAUACUUCGUAUACGUUUUCUUCGAAUCGAGCUACGGGGACAUGGAGGCGACUGCGCGCCAGCACGGCGCCUCCGGAACCGCUAGCGGUGCGGGCUUUGAGCCCGUCCGCGGCGGCAUCGGUGCUGCCGAGCGGGCCGCUGACACCCGCGGUGUCGGCAUGGCGCCCACCAAGGCCCGCAACGCGCCUUCCUCUAGGGCUGCCGCGGGCGGCAGCGAGGGCAGCGGUGCGUCAUCCCUGGAGUCGCAAUCUCAGGAGACAUCGCAGUCGAGCGGCAAGAGCGGUGGCAUCACGCAGACGGUGGCUGCGGUGGCCAAGGGCUUGGCGGGGCUGGUGAGCGGCAAGGGCGGUGAGCGGGACACCUCGGACCGCCACUGUAGAAGCUGGCGAUGGGCGGUUUGCGCUCGCACCACUGCAGG